UCCUCCUUGUCUGCAUUUCUCAGCCACCAAAAGCUUAUAAACUAUCAGUAUAUCAUUUAUCGCUCGCUUAAUUUCACCAUUUUCCAGAAUCCCAUUUCGUCAAUCUUGCUUUUCAUCAGCUUCAGUGCGUGUCUGUGUGUAUUUCAUUUGAAAUGAUGUUUACUGAAGGGUUGGAUGAAUCUGCAAUCAACUGGAUCAAGCAGGGAUCAGAUGCUGAAAAAUCUCAGAUGAGAUCACCAUUAACUGAAAAGUAUGACAAAACAUACCCAAUUCCCAGAUCUCCAUUGGGAUACAGUUCUGGUAGUUCUCACGCACUGCCCCCUUUGAAGUUCCAUUCUGGCCUUCUGGGGCCCCACAAGCCUGUGGCACUAAGUUUGGAUAGUAGUGAAGAUGAAUAUGGUGAUGUUGACAGCGAAAGUGUGGCAUCUGUGCCUGACGAGUUUGAUGGAAUUUGUUCUGAUGAAGAAGAAUUUGAUAAGCCAAUUCCACUGCAGUGUAAUGAAGAAAUGUUCACUGUGCAAAGAAAUACAACUUCGGAUCAUAUUAGAGGAACACAAACAGGGGUCCGAUAUAGGGCUAUGUUGAACAGAGGAUUGUCGAAACAAAGUCUUCGGAUUGAAGUGCCAGAAAAUACUAGAAGAUAUACUGAUACUGAGUUGGGUUUUGAUGGAUGUGGCCGAAGAAAUGCAGCUUCCAGUGGAAGUUGUCAUUUGCGAAAAGUAGUAGUUCAACCUCACAGCACAUAUGCUACACCAGUUGGCAAGUUAAGUAAUGUGGUUGACUUAGGAACUCCUAGUGCUCCACCUAUUAUGGAGAUUAGAAGAGAUGGGCAGAGCUCUGAGGUUGUAAGUGAAUGUAGUGAAAGCUCAGGUGCCGUGCGAGAAUUUGAUCAGACAAAUGAGGAUUCAAACGUGUCUACACAAUCAGCAAAGCAGCAUGCUGGUAUUAAAGAUGUCUUUCCAGAUCAAAAUGAAGAAUCUUUUGAACAUGAAGUUGGGGAAAGGGACAAGAAUGGGAUGACACCAGCGGAAAUGGAAGCAUUGAAAGGUACUUGGGAAACAAAGCCAAGGAAUUGCUCUCCAUAUUAUGAUGCAAGUGAUCAAAAUGCCUGGCAAAUUCUGAUAGCUUAUGAUGCAUGCAUUCGCUUAUGCUUAAAUGCAUGGGCAAGAGGUUGUGCAGAAGCACCAGAAUUUCUAAAAGAUGAGUGUCUGCUUCUACGCAAUGCGUUUGGUCUGCACAAGUUCCUUUUGCAACCCCAAGGCACACAAUCAGUAGAAAGUACAAGAAAGAAAAUAGAACAAGCUUUGCCGUUGAAACCAAAAAAGAUUGCUGGAAAGAUUCGUGUGGAAGUAAAAAAACUCCGAAUAAUACCAAGAAGGAGGCUUAAAAGCACAAACUCAUUGAGAGGUGCAAUGUACAUGCAAGUGGGAGCUGAGUAUGUCCGGCAUGUUUCAUCACUAGUAAAGAGUGGCAUGAAUUCUUUGAGACUUGCUUCAUUUUCUUUGCCAACUGAAGAAUCACUAUCAUGCUUACUUAAGUUGAAAAGUUCUCUGGAAGAAAAUCAAGAUGAAACAGAUUCCACCAUUUCAUUGCAGCCCGGAACUGGUGAUUACCAUGAUUUUUUUCCAGAACACCAAGGAGAUUCUAUUCUACUUGAAGUCCAGGAUUUGAAAAAAAACAUUCAAGGUCAAGCUACAAUUCCAGUUUCAUCAAUGACAGACAAUCCUACUGACAAAAUUCAAUGGUGGCCUAUUUACCAUGAUGAUCACGAGUGCAUUGGGAAGGUUCAGCUUUCUAUUACGUGUGCCUUUACGUACGAUGAAACAACUCAGUUAAAGAAUGGACCUAUUGUGGAAACCCUUGCAUAUGAUCUACUGAUGGAGGCUGCCAUGCGUGCACAAAAAUUUCAUGCUCGUAAUUUACAUCUAGAUGGACCCUGGAAAUGGCUACUCAUUGAGUUUUCUGAGUAUUAUGGAGUUUCAAAUUCAUAUACCAAACUCAGGUAUCUUUCAUGCGUGAUGAAUGUUGCAACUCCAACCAAAGAUUGUAUUGAGCUUGUAUAUGAGUUGCUUUCGCCUGUUAUCAAGGCUCGAAAUGGGAAAAGUUUGACUAGACAGGAGAAAAGUAUGUUGCUCAACUGUGAGACCCAAGUUGAGGGUCUCCUAGCAGAUGUGUUCCAGAACUACAAGUCAUUAGAUGAAAAAUCUCCAACGGGUAUAGCAGACAUGUCAGCUCCAAUAUUAGAAUCUGCAGCCCCAUCUCUAGCUCCUGCUGUGCAAGUAUACAAACUUCUUCAUGAUAUACUGGCUGAAGAUUCUCAGACAAUCUUAAGAAACUAUUUACAAACAGCAGCAAUGAAAAGGUGCCGAAAACACAUGUUGGAGACAGAUGAAUUUCUGUCAAGUAACUCUGAGGGUUUUGUCAUAGAUUCCAUGACUAUGACCACAGCAUAUUUGAAGAUGAAAAAUCUCUGCUUCAAAAUAAGCAGUGAGAUUCAGGCUGAUCUUAAGAUCCACAAUCAGCACAUACUCCCAAGUUCAAUUGACCUGGCAAAUAUCACUGCCACAGUUUACAGUACCGAGCUGUGUACAAGGCUUAGAGCUUUUCUUUCUGCAUGGCCUCCUUCAAGUCCCAUGCCAUAUGUUAAUGGACUUUUGAUUGCAACUGCUGAUUUUGAGAGAAAUCUUGAGUCAUGGAACAUCAGUGCAGUUCGGGGUGGUGUGGACUCAAGAGAUCUGUACCAUAACUAUAUAAUGGUCUGGAUACAAGAAAUGCAACUUAGCCUCCUUGAUCAAUGCAAAGCAGAAAAGGUGCCUUGGUCUGGCGUAAUUACAAAUUAUUCUACUUCUCCCUUUGCUGAGGAAAUGUUUGAGAAACUCAAAGUUAUGUUACAUGAGUAUGAAGUAGUCAUCAACAGAUGGCCUGAGUACACAAUGGUUUUGGAGAGCGCUGUUGCCAAUAUCGAAAGAGCAAUUAUAAAAGCACUGGAAAAGCAGUACAAUGAUAUCUUGACUCCCUUGAAGGAUAGUGUUCCCAAAAAGCUCGGGAUGCAAGUUCAGAAAUUAGCAAGAAGGCAAUCCACUGCACUUUAUUCUGCCCCACUGCAAUUGGGUACCUUUCUAAACACCCUUAAGAGAGUUUUAGAUGUCCUACACCCUAGCACUGAAGAUAUCCUCAAGGCAUGGGCGUCCUAUCUUCCUGUCAACGGCGAGAAGAAGUCAAGUUUUGGAGAACAAAUGAAUGGUGUUACUGUGUUGCUCAGAACUAAAUACAAGAAUUACAUGCAAGCAAUUGUGGUGAAGCUCGCAAGCAACGUGCAAUCUAAUCGGAACACAAGGCUGCAAAGGAUCUUGGAGGAAACAAAAGUAACAGAUGGAGAAGCCGAAAUUCGUGAAAGAAUGCAAGUGUUGAGCUCACAACUCUCAGAGUCCAUAUCCAACUUGCACGAGGUGUUCACUAGUCGAAUAUUUGUUGCAAUUUGUCGUGGAUUUUGGGAUAAAAUGGGACAGAUUGUAGUGAAAUUUUUGGAGGGGAGGAAAGAAAAUCGAGUCUGGUACAGUGGAUCCUAUCAUGCUCUUGGGGUUCUUGAUGAUAUAUUUGCUUCCCAAAUGCAAAGAUUGCAAGGAAAUGCUUUGCAAGAGAAAGAUCUUGAUCCCCCUCGCUCCAUAACUGAAGCUCGAUCAAUUCUUUCACGAGACACAGCAAAUGGGAUGGACUCGUCCACAUAUUUGUACUUCUAGAUGUACAUUUUCUCUUUAUGCCUCAUUACAGACUUCAAGCUAUACCAACCAUAAUUGGUAACCCAGAGUUUUUGUAGCAUACCACUACCUGAAUACGAGUCAAAAGACAAUUCUGUUAUUGUUAACAAUUUUUUGUAGGUAAACUAUUGAUUCUUUUGUAAAGCAAUGUUGAACAACGAAACAAUCAGCAAAAAGUUUUCUUUUGUCUA